UCCAUCACUCUUAGUAACAGCUUUGUCGUUACCAUGGCAAUGCCAUGUAAUGUUCUCUGCUCCCGCCUCAUCCUCUCUCUCUCUCUCUCUCUCUCUCUCUCUCUCUUUCUCUCUCUCUCUCUUGUUCUCUCUCUCUCUCGUCUUCACUUCCUUCCUGCGUUGCCACGGCGAUUCUCCGGGACGAGGAGCCGCAUCGCUCAGCGCCAGUGUCGGAGCGCCGAGUCCAGCAGACAAUCUUCCCUUCUUGCCUCUCCCGCCCGUCAACUUUUACCCCCUUGCCUCCUGCGUGGGAACGCAACGAAAAUCAUCGACGUUCCCCGGUCGGGCGCCCCGGUGACGUCACGGCAAGUUGGAUGAACUCCCGUCUUCUCCCCACACCGACUGGCAUCCAUGUUGGCAGUCUGACAACCGGCCGACAACCUCUCGCCUUCUCCUCCAUGCCGACAUGAACGCGGAGGAGUCAGCGCUGUCCCCCGAGAAGAAGGUAGAAGAGAUGAAACUUGAGGAAGCGGAGAGCCAGGAGGUACGUGAGGAGGAGGAGCAGGAGGACGGAGACCAACACCUGGAGCUGGUGGUGCCGCAGAAUGUCGAGGCGACGCAGGAGCAGGUGGAGAAACUGGCAGAAGAGCAACAAAUGAGGGAGAUGCUACAAGUGGAGGAGGAGGACGACCAGCAAGAAACGGAGGAUGUGCUACUAAUUGGAGCAGAGGAGGUGCAGGAGGAGGAUCCAACUGAGGAUGAGCAUCUGGAAGAGCAAGAAAUGGAGGAAAUGCUACUAGUGGGAGAGGAAGAGGUGCAGGAGGAAGAAGAGAUGGGAGAAAAGGAGGUGCAGAAGGAGGAAGAGUUGGAAUAUAAGAAGGUGCAGAAGGAGGAAGACGUGGAAGAAAAAGACGUGCAAAAGAAGGAAGAGUUGGAAGAAAGGGAGGUGCAGGAGGUGGAAGAAAGGGAGGUGCAGGAGGAGGAAGAGUUGGAAGAAAGGGAGAUGCAGAAAGAGGAAGAGGUGAAAGAAAAGGAGGUGCAGGAAGAGGUGGAGGAAAAGGAAGUGCAGGAGGAGGAAAAGGUGGGAGAAAGGGAGGUGCCAAAGGAGGAAGAGGUGGAAGAAAAUGAGGUGCAGGAGGAGGAGGGGGUGGUUGAGAAGGAGAUGCAGAAGGAGGGAGAUUGCGAAAAAAAGGAGGCGCAGGAGGAGGGAGAGUUGGAAGAAAAGGAUGUGCAGGAGGAGGGAGAGUUGGAAGAAAAGGAGGUGCUGGAGGAGGAAGAGGGGGAAGAAAAUGAGAUGCAGAAGGAGGGAGAGUUGGAAGAAGAGGAGGUGCAGGAGGAGGAAGAGUUGGAAGAAAAGGAGGUGCAGAAGAAGGAAGAGGUGGAUCUAACUGAGGAGGUGGAGAAGGAGGAAGAGCAAGAAAUAGAGGAGGUGCAAAGACAAAAUGAGGUGAUAAUAUUGGGAGAGGAGGAGGAAGAGUUGGAAGAAAAAGAGGUGCAGAAGGAGGAAGAGGUGGAUCCAACUGAGGAGGUGCAGAAGGAGGAAGACAGAGAAAUGGAGGAGGUGCAAAGACACAACGAGGUGAUAAUGGUGGGAGAGGAGGAGGAGGUGCCGGAGGAGGAAGAGUUGGAAGAAAAACAGGUGCAGGAUGAAGAGGAGAAUCCAACUGAGGAGGUGCAUCUAAAUGGCCAGCGGGGGGAGAAAGAGGAGGUGCUCCAGCUUGAAGCAGGGGAAGAAAAGCAAAACAUGGAGGAGGUACUUAAUAAGGAAAAGGAGGUGAAGCAGGUGGAGGAAGUGCAACAAGGAGAAGAGCAACAAAUGAAGGUGGUGCUUCAGGAGGAGAAGGAAGAGAAAGAGGAGGUGCAUAAGGUGGAGGAACAACACAUGGACCAGGCUCUGCUGAAAGUGCAGCAGGUGAACGCAAAGGAGGCACAAGACGGCUGGGACGAGGAGCAGGAGGAGAUGCAGGACUUUGUGGAUCUUUUGGAUCAGACCCACAACAGUCAAGUUCUGAAUCGUCUUAAGGGAAUGCAGAAAUAUAAACACACAUCACAGAGACUCAAAGUGGUUCUGGACCAGAUGGACCAUGGCGUGGUGGACCUGCAGGAGCUGCGUCGCAACCUGCAGCUGGCGGCUUCCAUGUUGGACGCCGUCUACACGGACGAGACCAAGCGUCUCCUUGACCCCGAGGACGAGCUCAGCGACCUGCAGGCCGAGUCUGUGCCGAGCGAGGUGCGCGAUUGGCUGGCGUGCACCUUCAGCCGGAAGAUGGGCGUGGCCAAGCGUCGCCCGGAAGAAAAACCCCGAUUCCGCAGCAUCGUCCACGCUGUGCAGGCCGGGAUCUUUGUAGAGAGGAUGUACAGACGGACCUCCAACAUGGCUGGACUCUCGUACCCGCCCACAGCUCUGACAGCUCUCAAGGAAGUGGAUCAGUGGUCCUUUGACGUGUUCCUUCUGCACGAAGCCACCGGAGACCACGCCCUCAAGUUCCUGGUCUACGAGCUGCUGACCCGCUAUGACCUCAUCAACAGGUUCAGGAUCCCUGUCCCAGCUUUGGUGCAGUUCGUGGAGGCUCUGGAGAACGGCUACAGCAAACACAAGAACCCGUACCACAACCUGGUCCACGCCGCUGACGUCACCCAGACGGCACACUUCCUGAUGCUGCACACCGGACUCAUGCACUGGCUCAGUGAGUUGGAGAUACUGGCGAUGGUGUUUGCAGCGGCCAUUCACGAUUUUGAGCACACGGGAACAACCAACAACUUCCACAUCCACACCAGGUCGGAGGUGGCCAUCUUCUACAAUGACAGGUCGGUGCUGGAGAACCACCACGUGAGUGCCGCCUACAGGCUGAUGGCGGAGGAAGACACCAACAUCCUGGUCAACCUCAACAAAGAGGACUGGAGGGAGCUGAGGGCGUUGGUCAUCGAGAUGGUGAUGUCCACGGACAUGUCGUGUCACUUCCAGCAGAUCAAGACCAUGAAGAACACCCUGACACAAUCACAUGGUUUGGACAAGGUGAAGGUUUUGUCUCUGAUGCUUCACGCCGCCGACAUCAGUCAUCCCGCCAAAGCGUGGCCGCUGCACUUCCGAUGGACACACAGCCUGAUGGAGGAGUUUUUCAGACAGGGAGACAAAGAAGUGGAGCUGGGACUUCCUUUUUCUCCUCUCUGUGACCGCAAGGCAACCAUGAUCGCACAAUCACAGAUUGGUUUCAUCGACUUCAUCGUGGAGCCCACAUUCAGUGUUCUGGUGGACAUGACGGAGAAGGUGAUUGCUCCCCUGAUCGACGAGGACAGGAAGGGUCGGGAGACCGGAAACAGACGAUCCAGCCUCACGGGAAGUGGCUCCGUCACCGUGGAGUCUGUCCAACGACACAACAGCGGUCUCCAUGGCAGCCGCGACGAUGGACAGCUGGACUUCUCGCUGACCGCCAUCGACUUGCCGGCGCUGAGGACGCACCUGUGCGCCGUCAUCGCCGGCAACAAGGAGCGGUGGAAGGAGCUCUCGGUGGACGAGUUGGCCAAUAAGGAGCGAGAAAAGGCGGAGUCUAGGAAGGACCUCGAACCCGCGGACCACUCCACGUGGAACGGGGCGGGGCCGGGAGAGGAGCAGAAAGACGAUAAAGUGCCUGAAAUCGCCUGACGCCCACUGCGAAGCUUUUGAGAGGGAUGCCGUCGCCAUGGCGACCGACGGUGCAGCGGCCUGUGGCUGAGCGCCCCCCCCCCCCACCCCACCCGGGAAGCCUCCAGAACUUUUGUUUACUAGCGACCGUGAAGGCAUCACGCGCUUCCUGGCAGCUUUAUGGGCCAAACAUAGAGGGGCGGAGCCUUUGAGCUGACAGGAAGUACAUGUUAGAGCGCAGAAGAACGAAUCCAGAAGCUUCUAGCCUUCACGUCCCAGCAUGCAUCAUUGCUGCGGACCACCUCUCUCCUCAUGUGGCUUCCGGUGUUUUUUGCGCUCAUCGUCGUCAAUAAAGAUCCACCAUCGCCACAGCAACGCCUGGUGGCGUGACGCGUGCAGUAGGUAUUGUGUCGCUUCUGUAAAACGUGCAUUAAACGUUCUCAGCUUGUCUCAGUCACAUCUCCUGCAGGUCGUUCUCAGAGGUCAAAGGUCACUUCAUUAGGUAAACAGCCCCUGCCUUUGCAAAGACAACAUUGACUGUCAUGCUCUCAAUUGUGUUCACUAAGCAGCCUGCAAAUCUAGUUACUGCCGCCAGAGAGCGCCAGAGGAGCACAUGUAAAUCAAUGUCACAUGUCAUGGCUAAUUGUGUUGUUGUUGUUGUGUACUCAGUGCAACCUUCUUCACGGCCAUCCUCAUAAAUCAUCAUCGUGUUGUCCCUGUAGGACAAACUCCCCAAAGUGUCUCACACGCAACCAGAAUUUUCAGCAGAGCGUGGCAGAAAGACGGCCAAUGAUUUGUGUGCGUUCAAGAAUAGACGAGGACUAGCAGAAUACUGAGAACAUUUGGACUGAAUUAGAGAGCAGCACAAGAACAUGGACAGGUGAGUGGUCUAACCCAGUCAAUGCAGUGCAAAAGUCCAUUGACAGAACGGUCCGUUUAGGAAAUGUCAGAUUGAGGAACCUAGCAGGCACAAGGCAUUGUUACAACAUUGAUUAUACGUUCAUGCCCUUUAAAGGCUUACUGAAACCAACUACUACCGACCACGCAGUCUGAUGGUUUAUAUAUCAACGAUGAAAUAUUAACAUUGCAACACAUGCCAAUACGGCCUUUUUAGUUUAUUAAAUUGCAAUUUUAAAAUUCCCGCGAAGUGUCCUGUUGAAAACGUCCCGGAAUGCUGACGUGUACGCGUGACGUCACGGACUGUUAGGAAAUAUUAGCGCUGCGCACACACACAGCUAAAAGUCGUCUGCUUUAACCGCAUAAUUAAACAGUAUUUUGGACAUCUGUGUUGCUGAAUCUUUUGCAAUUUGUUCAAUUAAUAAUGGAGAAGUCAAAGUAGAAAAAGUAGGAGUUGGGAAGCUUUAGCCUUUAGCCACACAAACACACGGUGAUUCCUUGUUUGAAAUUCCCGCAGUUUUCGGUGAGAAAAUUGUGGUAAAAAGUUGCCACUUACCGGAGAUCAGCUGAGCUUGUGCCGUCCGUACAGCUGCCGCCGACUUCCAUCAGACACUGGCCUCAAGACACCCGUGGACACACCCUUCCGACUAUCAGGUACUACUAAACUCACUACAACACUAGCAACACUAUAGAAAGAUAAGGGAUUUCCCAAAAUUAUCCUAGUAAAUGUGUCUAAAAACAUCUGAAUUCGUCCCAAUGCGUUUUUUUUUUUAACCCGAUUAUUAUUUUUUUAUUUUUUUCUAGUCCGUUGCUAUCAAUAUCCUCAAACAGGAAUCUUUCAUCCUCGCUCAAAUUAAUGGGGAAAUUGUCGUUUUCUCGGUCUGAAUAGCUGUUUUUGUUGGAGGCUCCCAUUAAAAACAAUGUGAGGAUGUGAGGAGCCCUCAACAUGUGAUGUCGUCUGCGACUUCCGGUAAAGGCAGGGUUUUUCUGUUAGCGACCAAAAGUUGCGAAGUUUAUUGUCGAUGUUCUCUACUAAAUCCUUUCAGCAAAAAUAUGGCAAUAUCGCGAAAUGAUCAAGUAUGACACAUAGAAUGGACCUGCUAUCCCCGUUUAAAUAAGAAAAUCUCAUUUCAGUAGGCCUUUAAAACAGACUUUGAAACAUUGUUGCAAUUUUUUUUUUUUUUCAUUAAAUUUGUAAAUUGAGACAACGAUGUCUAAAGUUGGAUCCACGUUUUUGGGAAAUGACCAAACUUCAAUGGUCAAAUGAACGUCACAACAUGACAUUGAUUAAAUGUCGUCAAAUAGCAUGUUGUUUCAACGUUGUAUUUGUGUUGUUGAGUAUUGGUUGGGAAAUGAACAAAUUACAAUCGUCGAAUUAACGUCACAACCGGACAUUGAUUGAAUGUCGUCAAAAAGCAUGUUGUUUCAACGUUGUAUUUGUGUUGUACAAUAUUGGUUAGGGCCAACACAGUGGAACAGGGGAUAGUGUGUGUGCCUCACAAUACGAAUGUCCUGGGUUCAAUCCUCGGCUCGGGUUCUUUCUGUGUGGAGUUAGCAUGUUCUCCCCGUACUCCGGCGUCCUCCAACCUCCAAAGACAUGCACCUGGGGAUAGGUUGAUUGGCAACACUAAAUUUGCCCUAAUGUGUGAAUGUGAGUGUGAAAGCUGUCUGUCUUUCUGUGUUGGCCUUGCGAUGAGGUAGCGACUUGUACAGGGUGUACGCCGCCUUCCGUCAGAAUGCAGCUGAGAUAGGCUCCAACACCCCCCGGGACCUCAAAUGGGAUAAGCGUUAGAAAAUGGAUGGAUGAAUAUUGCUUGGGAAUUGACGAAAAUUCAAUGAUCAAAUCAACAUCAGAACCUGACAUUGAUUAAAGAUUGUCAAAAAACAUGUUUUUUUAACGUUGUAUUUGAUUCGUAGAAUAUUGGUUGGGAAAGGAUCAAAUUGCAAAGGUCAAAUCAACGUCACAACUUGACAUUGAAUAAACGUCAAAAAGCAUGUUGUUUCAACAUUGUAUUUGUGUUGUAGAAUAUUGGUUGGAAAACGACCAUAAUUCAAUGAUCAAAUCAACGUCACUACCUGACAUUGAUUAAACGUCAAAAAAACAUGUUUCAAAAUUAUAUUUGAGUUGUAGAAUAUUGGGUGGGAAACAAUCAAAUUUUAAUGGUCCAAUCAACGUCAAAACUCAACAUUGAUUAAGAGUUGUCAAAAAGCAUGUUGUUUCAACGUAUUUGUGUAGUAGAAUAUUGGUUGGGAAAUGACCAAAUUUCAAUGGUCAAAUCAACGUCACAAUAAAGUUUGUCAAAAAGCAUGUUGUGUCAAUAUUGUAUUUGUGUUGUGAUGAGGUGGCGACUUGUCCAGGUUUUACCCCGCCUUCCGCCCGAUUGUAGCUGAGAUAGGCUCCAGCGCCCGCCGCGACCCCGAAGGGAGUAAGCGGCAGAAAAUGGAUGUAUGGAAUAUUGGUUGGGAAACGACCAAAUGUCAACGGUCAAAUCAACGUCAGAACCCAACAUUGAUUAAACGUUGUCAAAAAACAUGUUGUUUCAACGUAUUUGUGUAGUAAAAUAUUGGUUAGGAAAUGACCAAAUUUCAAUGGUCAAAUCAACGUCAAAGCCGGACAUUGACUAAACGUCAUCAAAAAGCAUGCUGUUUCAACGUUAUGUUUGAGUUGCUCAACAUCAGGAAUUGAUGUUGAGCAAAAACCAAAGCAGAGCAAAAAGUGUGAACAUUAAGAAAACAUUUUCAAAAAGUGGACGGAACUUUUCACAGCUGAUUCUUGACACGUCAUCCUCACCAUGACGUGCUUUGUGUUCCAUUCACUCAAUAGCACAUUUAAUAAGUCACAUUUGCUAACUGAUCUAGGCUCAUUGUUAAGAAAAAUUACACCCUAUUGGAUAAUAGAAUACUAAAUAACAGAGUUCCAAGGUCAAAAUCUCUCUCUCUGUUUUUGCAAACUUAAUUUCCAGCAUUUUCUCACACGCACACACGCGGGCUGGCAAGUGCACGCCAAGGCAACAGGUGGCGCUAUAACUUCCAACAGUAAGGUUAUUUUCCCAAUAAGAAGCCUGUAGAAAGUAAUUUUCUGGAAAAUACACAUUAUACUGUAACGCUUAAAUAUGACAGUAAGUCAGAUAAAAAAGCAAAACAUCAGAACAAGAAAGGGACUCUAUGAAAGCUCAAAAUGCAUCGAAAAAUGUUUUUCAAAAUAAAAGUUUUCUUGUUGAAAGUGCUCACUUAGUGUUGCUUUGAUUGUUUUUGUUUAUAUUGGCAUCAGUUGUAGUUAUGUGUGAGAACACUUUAUUUUUGAACACACACACAGUUCCCAAGCAGGAAGUGCUGCCUCUUCACAGCUUUGUUUGGAUGCUUCCUGCCUUUCUUCACCAGAACAGUUGGAAGUGACACGUCCUGACGCCGGCCCUCUGUGAGCGUCUGUCACGGGCACGUGGUGUAAACACCUACUUUACACAUUGUCCUUUCUCACUGAGUCUUCUUCAACUCAAAAUAAAGACUGACAGAAUGGAGGAAAGGCCUCUUCUGGUGUUUUCUGAAGUGCAGGAAGAACUUAAGACACACAAAAGUGCAUAUGUUGUAUUAUACCAUUACACAAUGUUUUUUUACAUUUCAAUCUGCUAUUCAUAAUAUUCAUAAAAUAAUGUUCAUUAUUGCAGUCUAAUUUUUUUUAUUUAAUGUUUUUUUUGUUAAAUGCAAUCA